CAGUGGUUAGCAUUACAGUGUGCUCUCUCGCCCCCUCUGCUCGGCUCUCUCUCGGAGAAGUACAGUAUCUGUUUAGAUUUGUGUCUAAAUUUAAACACUGAUUGCUUCCCCUCCCCUCCUCUCUCUCUCUCUCUCUCUCUCUCGCUCUCUUCAGUUUAGCAGGACUAGUUUAGUGGGGAGGGUCCCAGUUCUGGUAUCUCACAGCCUUGGGACAGCAUGCUAAGGCAGCCUCAGUGCUCUGAGUGACAUCAGGAGCGGAAGCCACCAGGCAGAACGUUUCAGAAGUUUCAUAAAAGUUUUUCUGCAGAAGUCUGACAUCCGCGGCGCGCACGCUGCACCCCUCUGAAGAUACAGGAAAUGGAGGGGAAGUCAGGGGAGAGUGACCCAGCUGAAGAGGCAGCACCACCGUCCGUUGCAAAACUUGCUGGUUUAUUUGGCGACAAGGUCAACAGCCCCAGGAAAGAGGCUCCACCAUACAAACCCACAAGAAAGAAACCGCCUUGUUCACUGCCCUUAUUCAAACCCGAGGUCACCAACAAUGGCGAUGAGAAAGUGUCUCCUCCUCACACACAAAUGCCUAAGAUCAAGGUGAAGAGCUCCCCUCUUAUUGAGAAGCUGCAGGCUAACUUGGCAUUCGCUCCUGCGUCUUUUCUCCCGGGCCCAUCGCCGAAGAGCCCCGGUCUCAAAAUCAUGGCCUCUCCGUUUAACAGCCCCCCCUCAACACCGAACAGCCCAGGACUACCGCCGCGUACCAGCGAAUUGGAGGAGAUCCCAGUCAGCUUUGAGCAGCCACCAGAGGGCGCCCCUCUCGCAAGCUACACUAAGGUUCGGACUAGAGGCUCCCUAAAGAGAAGACCCCCAAGCCGGAGGUUUCGAACAUCCCAAAGCGACUUGGACUUUGAAAGCGACAUCAUAAACACGGCGCCUAAAGAAAACGGGGAUAAGGUGGAAGAAGAGGGCGUUGGGGGUUUAAAGGAUACAGGCGAGACCCGGCAGGCAGAGUCAGCGUGCGAGACAGACACAACGUCACAUGACCCGGAGGAAAAGUCACCGGAGAGCGCACAGGACGACCCAGGAAAGACAGAGAAAGAGACACAGAAUGAAGAGGGGUCACCGAGCACAGCAGAGGAACAGCGGGAGGCCACACCGGACACAGGGGUCACAGACUCAGCAAUCACUAAAGAGGAAACAGUGAACACGGAGGAUGACAAAGACAAGCCAAGCGACGGACAAGAGAAGGACGAGAGCAGCGCGCCUAGCAAAUCAGAUGCUGAUGAUAAUCCGGAAAAAUGA